GUACAGUUCUGGAAAGGAGCAGAAUGGCAACGCUAAAGAUCGCGCUGUUAGUUUUGGCUGUAGCUGCGGUCACAGCAACUGCACUGCCUUCCAUUAAGCAGCAUAAGUCCAAGCAGAAAAUGAAUAUGGAAGAGGAAAUGCGUGAACAGGUGAUGCAUCCAAACAUGCCACCAACCUCACGGUCCAAAAGCAACGAAGAAGCGACAAAUGAAUAUUGGCUUGACAAUGGCAUUGAUUUUGUGGAAGAAAAAUUGGCCACAGCUGAUAAGCCACAAACUGGGGUAGCUAAGAAUAUCAUAUUUUUACUGGGUGAUGGCAUGUCACUGACCACCAUAGCAGCAACGCGUAUCUACGAAGGUGGUGAAGAACUUAGUUUAGCUUUCGAAGAGUUUCCACAUACUGGUUUGGCCAGAACUUAUGCCAUUGAUCGUUUGGUGCCUGACUCUGCCUGCACUGCCACUGCUUAUCUGUGCGGCGUUAAAGCAAUGUACGGCACAAUUGGUGUGAAUGGACAUGUCGAACGCGGUGAUUGUGUUGCCACGAAUAAUGAAGAGCACUAUGUUGAUUCUAUAGCCAAAUGGGCGUUACAGCAAGGAAAAUCUGUAGGCUUAGUAACAAACACAAGAGUUACACACGCUUCCCCGGCUGGGCUAUACGCUCACACCAGUGAACGUGACUGGGAAAACGAUAAGGCAGUGAAAGAUGACUGCGGCAAAAACUCUGGUAUUAAAGAUAUAGCACUCCAGCUAAUGACUGGCGAUGUGGGCAGUCAAUUGCAAGUUAUUUUGGGCGGUGGCAAAGCACAAUUCAUUGAUAAGAGCUUCUAUGAAAAUGGCAAAAGACGCGAUGGACGCAACUUAAUUGAAGAAUAUUUAAGCGAACAGGGUAAUGUGUAUGUGGAAACGUUGAGGGAAUUGGAUGCAAUAGAUGCAACCAGCACUAAACGCUUGUUAGGCUUGUUCAAUGAUGGUCAUAUGGAUUAUAAUCUGGAAGCUGACAGAGACCAGCCUACACUUGAAGAAAUGACAGCCAAAGCUAUUGAAGUGUUGGAACAAAAUCCUAAAGGUUACUUUUUGUUUGUGGAAGGUGGAAAAAUUGAUAAAGCACAUCAUGCCAACAAGGCAAAAUUAGCUUUAGAUGAAACAGCUGAGUUCAGUAAAGCGGUAGCUACUGCACAUGAAUCAACAAACGAAAAAGAUACAUUAAUUGUGGUGAGUGCUGAUCACUCACAUACCAUGUCGGUCGCUGGUUAUGCGCCACGCAGUGAUGAUAUAUUUGGUGUUGGUGCUAUAGCAGAAGAUGAGUUGCCGUAUUUAGUAUUAAGUUACGCUAAUGGGCCCAGCUACAAGAAAUUCUUCGAUACAAAGAAAAAUGUACGACUCGAUCCUUCGACAGUGUUGAGUGGCGAUAUUGAUGAUGUUUUCCCCGCUACGGCGCCAAUGGAUUCUGAAACACAUGGCGGUGAGGAUGUGCCUGUAUACGCAACAGGCCCUUGGUCACAUUUAUUCAGUGGUGUCUAUGAGCAGAGCACCAUUCCACACCUAAUGGCUUACGCCGGUUGCCUUGGGCAUGGGCAAAAAGCAUGUGAUAAAUAAUGUAACAAAAGUGUUAGAGCAAAGUAUGCUCCUUUUUUCAUAAAACAAAAGCGCUUUAAUCUUAUUUGAUAUUCUUAGUUUAAUUCUUAGUUUAAAUUUUCAUUGUUAGUGAUAUAC